GUCCAGUAGUACUUCGCCAUGACAGACAUCAAGAUCAAGGAGGUGCUGAACAAGACCUUGCAUGGUCUGGAUGAUGCCUUGGUGGACUACAUGGUGAGCAUUCUAUCAGAGUACGACGGCAGCGAUCCGUUGGUGGACACGAUUGCGCCAUUCUUGUUGUCGUCGGGGUUCACCGAGGACGAAGAAGAUGCCAAUCGAUAUUGUGCGUCGUUGGAAGCGGCGAUGCAAGACGCAGGGCUGCUGGCGAAAGCACCCGAAGAAUCAUUCAAGAAGCUGGACGUUGUGCAAUCGAUGGAGGACAUGAGUCGUGCGACCGAAGCCGAGAUGAACGGGAUCAUGGAACGCAUGUGGGGGUUUGAAAACAUCCGCAAGACAAAGAACGAAAGCAUGGAAUCGUGCGCGAACACGCAGUCGCAGCGCCAGAUUCGCAAGGAGGCCAAGAAAGAGCUCAGCGAACAAGAGAAGGAGAAGAUGGACGAGGACGAGGACCGUUUGUGGGAAGACACCCGCGUAUUGCCCGACAUGUCGACCGACAAUGGCGAAAAGGAUAUUCAUGUGGACAACGUCACGAUGAACUUCAAGGGUCAAACGAUCCUGAGCAACACGUCGCUGAAGCUCAUCUUUGGCCGGCGGUAUGGUCUCAUCGGCAAGAACGGUGCCGGGAAAACGACGUUGCUUCGGUUCAUGUCCCACUACGAGAUCGAAAAGUUUCCGCGCCACGUUCGCAUGCAACACGUCGAACAAGAGUCUGCAUCCAAGUUGAGCCACGUCGAAGACUCGGUGCUGUCGGUUGUGCUGGCCGCCGACUACGAGCGCACGAUGCUCCUGGCCGAGGAGAAGCAUCUUCUUGAAACCAACACCGACCCCGACCGCAUCCACAAGGUCCACGAACGCCUGCAACAAAUUGACUCGGACACGGCCGAGAGCCGCGCGCGCACGAUCUUGGCAGGACUCCAGUUCCCGGAAUCGGUUGUCGACGGGCCGGCCAAAGCACUGUCUGGGGGGUGGCGCAUGCGCACGGCACUGGCUGGUGCUCUCUUUAUGUCGCCCGACCUGCUCUUGCUCGAUGAACCGACCAACCACUUGGAUCUUGAGGCUGUGAUGUGGCUUGAAAACUACCUCGAGACGUACCCGAAGACGCUGAUUGUGGUAUCGCACGACCGCAACUUUCUCAACCAAGUCACGACCGACACAAUUUAUUUGGCCAAACAGCAGCUGACGUACCAUCGCGGCAACUUUGCCUCGUUCGAGAACACGCAGGAAGAGUUACUGAAGAACCAGCGCAAGGCGUACGAAGCGCAGCAGAUGAAGGUGGCGCACAUGCAAGAAUUUAUCGACCGAUUCCGAUGCAACGCCAAGAAGGCACCGCUGGUCCAGAGUCGCAUCAAAGCACUCGAGAAGAUUAUGCGGACGGCGGUCGAAGAGCCCGAGGACCCGCGCGCAUUCAAGAUGAACUUUCCGCCCCCGGAACCGUUGGGCCGGCCGAUCAUAUCGAUCGAAAACGUCGCGUUUCAGUAUGCCGCCGACAGCCCCGAGCUCUUUAGCGACGUCAACUUUGGCAUUGAUAUGUCGAGUCGUAUUGGUAUCCUCGGCGUGAACGGGUCGGGGAAGAGUACGCUGAUCAACUUGAUGCUGGGCAAACUCAACCCGACGCGCGGCAAGUGCGUGCGCAACCCGCGCGUCCGCAUCUCAACCUUCACGCAGCAUCACGUGGACUCGCUCGACUUGAGCAAAACCGCCGUCGAAAACAUGAUGGAGCUGUUUCCGGGCCACGAACCGGACGAAUUUCGCAACCACUUGGGUCGAUUCAACUUGUCUGGGGAACUCGCCAUGAAGCCGACGCGCAAACUGUCUGGGGGGCAAAAGUCGCGCGUGGGAUUUGCCAUCUUGACCUGGCGCCUUCCGCACGUGGUCGUGUUGGAUGAACCGACGAAUCACUUGGAUAUUGAAACAAUCGAUGCGCUCAUUGACGCCCUGCGCAACUACAAGGGCGGCGUCGUGAUUGUUUCGCAUGAUCAGCACUUUGUCAACAGCAUUUGUACCGAGCUGUGGGUCGUAGGCGACCGAAAAGUGACUCAAUUCCGAGGGUCCAUGGCCGAGUACAAGAAGGCGAUUCUCAAAACCUAACGAAAUGCCGACCGCCAGUCGUCUGUCGAUGUCAUUAGUCGAAAAUAUUGUGGAAUUCCACCGUGGUGACGCACCUUGCCUGGCUGGUCGUUGCAGUGUAU